GGUUAAAUGUUGACCAGCAGAUUUUCUAACUUCUGCUGAGCGCGAGCGGAGCUGCUGUCCGACAGAAUCGCUCUCACCCCACUUCCCUUUUUUGACUUACGAAAAAGUGUGAAUGCGCCGCUGCGAGCUGUAGACCUGGGUCAAUGUUUCGUGGCGAAGCAACUGCAGCCGACGAGGAACAAACGGAGGAACCAUGAGCACGGCCAAACCCAGCGGCCUUAAAGCGCCCAGCAAGAUCAGCAGGCCGGCCGGGCCCGGGGCCGGGGCCACCAAGACGUCGCCCUCGGCUGCCUCUAAAGCAGCUCCAGGCGACAAGGCCGACGACCAGGACGCGGGCGAGGACUUCAAAGUCGGGGACCGAGUGUGGGUGAACGGCAACAAGCCCGGCCACAUCCAGUUCCUCGGAGAGACCCAGUUCGCCCCCGGCCAGUGGGCGGGCAUCGUGUUGGACGAGCCCAUCGGGAAGAACGACGGCUCGGUCGCGGGCGUGCGCUACUUCCAAUCCGAUCCGCUGAGGGGGAUUUUCACGCGGCCUUCCAAGCUUUCACGUAGCGAAGGCGAAGCCAAUGGAACGACGACGGCGCCUCCGUCGCCCACGCCGUCCGCCGCGGCACCGCCGACCACGCCAGCCCCGGCGUCCGCCCCGCCAGCCGGCGCCGCCACCGCCACCAAGAAGGUCGCUCCAAGCACCAAACCCGCCUCCAACCUGACUCGCGACAAUUCCGAGUCGGUGUCCAACCUGUCGGAGGCGGGUUCGCUGAAGAAAGGGGAGCGGGAGCUGAAGAUGGGCGACCGCGUCCUGGUGGGCGGCACCAAAGCUGGCGUGGUGCGCUUCAUCGGGGAGACGGAUUUCGCCAAGGGCGAGUGGUGCGGAGUCGAGCUGGACGAACCGUUGGGCAAGAACGACGGCGCGGUCGCUGGGACCAGGUACUUCCAGUGUCAGCCCAAGUACGGCCUCUUCGCCCCGGUGCACAAGGUGACGCGGAUCGGCUUCCCCUCCACCACCCCAGCCAAGGCCAAGACCGCAGCGCGGAAGGUGACCACGACCCCGGGACUGAACCGCAGCCCGAGCUCCUCGUCCGUCAGCUCCAUGAGUUCUGUGGCCUCGUCGGUGAGCGGGAAGCCCAGCCGAACCGGCCUGCUGACGGAGACGUCGUCCCGCUACUCGCGUAAGAUCUCCGGGACGACGGCGCUGCAGGAGGCCCUGAAGGAGAAGCAGCAGCACAUCGAGCAGCUCCUGGCCGAGCGCGACCUCGAGCGGGCCGAAGUCGCCAAGGCCACCAGCCAGGUGGGAGAGGUGGAGCAGGAGCUCACGGUUCUUCGAGAAGGUCAAGAGCAGUACGUGUCUGAGAUGGAGUCCAAAAUGGAUCAGCUGCGUGGCCUGGUGGAGGCUGCAGACAAGGACAAGGUGGAGCUUCUGAAUCAGCUGGAGGAAGAAAGGAGAAGGGUGGAGGACCUUCAGUUUCGAGUGGAGGAAGCUUGCAUAACCAAAGGUGACCUGGAGACGCAGACCAGACUGGAGCAUGCCCUCCUUAAGGAGCUCGAGCAAAGUCUGCUCUUUGAAAAGACCAAAGCUGACAAACUCCAGCGGGAGUUAGAAGACUCUAGGGUUGCUACCGUUUCUGAGAAGUCUCGCAUCCUUGAACUACAGAGAGACCUCACUCUGAGGGACAAAGAAGUCACAGCCCUUCGGCAACACCUGGAGGCUGCUCCCGGACAGGAGGCCUCUGGAGACCCCACAGCUCCGGUCCUUCAAGCGGAGCUCAUUUUACUAAGAACCCAGCUCUCUGCUCAAGCUUCAAGCCACGGAAGGGAGCUGGCGGCCUUGCGCGCUAAGCUCGAGGAGGAAGGAAAGGCAACCCGUGAAAACCUGGCCAAACUCGAGGCCUCGUCUGCACUUCUAGCCAAAGACAACGAGCAGCUUCGCGCCCAGCUGACCGAGGCUGAGAAGGAGAAGGUGGAUGCCAUUGAGCUGUGGCGCUCCAAGCUCGAGUCGGCGGUCACUUCUCAUCAGCAAGCCAUGGAAGAGCUCAAGGCCUCCUCGGGGGCUCCUAAGGGGGCCGGCGAGUCGCAGCCACCUGAGCUUUACGAGAUGCGGGAAAAUUUGGAAAGGCUCAAGAUGCAGCACAAGCUACAGCUGGACGAGAGCCAGGUUAAGCACAGCGCCGACAUCACGAGGUUGACCAAAGAAGCCGAGGGGCUCCGGAAACAGUUGCUCGCCCUGACCGAGGAGAAGGAGCGCCUGGUGGAGUCUCUGCGCAGUAACCUGGAGAGUACGGAGACGCAGCACCUGGUGGAGUUGGAGGAAGCCUUGGGCAAGCUGCACACAGCUGAACUGAGGGUGAAAGAGCUCGAGGAGGAGAACGCUAAGCUAGGAGAACAAGUGGAGGGCAAAGCUCAAGAGAUCCAGGACCAAAAUGAAGCUCUUCAGAGCCUUCAUUCUCAGCAGAGCCAGGGUAACCAGGAGGUCCAAAGUCUGGUCGCCCGGGUUGAGGAAGCGGAGGGCAAGGCACGGUCGCAGGAAGGAAAGGUCAAGGAAUUGACCACAGCUUUGGAGGGUAAGCAGAAGGACCUGGAGGGGCUGCAGGAGAACCUGACCUCACUGAAGCAAACCAACAGCUCUUUGGAGAAAGAGCUUUCUGACUUGAAACAAACGGUCAAAGCAUCUUCCGAUGCUCAGACAGAGACCUCACAAGCCGUGCAGAAAUUACAGGAGACGCUGAAUAAGAAAGAGGAACAGUGCUCGACUCUCUCCAGUGAAUCAGAGAAGCUGAAGAUCCAGCUGUCCGGCAUGGAGGCCAAGUUGAAAGCAGGCGAUGAGAAGCUGGAGCAGUUAACCAAAGAUAAAGCCAAGCUGGAAGGAGACAUCAGCGAGCUCAUAACCACCUCUGGAGACAGUUCGGCUCAGCUCGGCAAGAUGAACGACGAUCUCAAUCAAAAAGAAAGGAGAAUCGAGGAGCUUCAGAAGCAGCUCUCGGAGCAAAAGGAGGUGGUUGCUCGAUCUGAGGAGACCAGGAGCCAAGAGCAGACUCGAGCCAAGCAGGAGCUGAAAGACGUCAGUGAGAAACACCAGCAAGAGGUUUCCAACCUGCAGGAGAAGAUCAAGCUGCUGGAGAAGAACAUAGAAGAGGCUCAAACGAAGGUCAGUGAAGCUCAGACCUCGGGAGAGAAAGCGCUCACCGGUGCCGUACAGAAGCACACAGAGGAGCUACAGGAGCUCCGCGGUCAGGUAGAAACGGCACAAAAGCAGCUCACCGCCUCUGAGGAAAAGUGCCAAAAACUUCAACAAGAGGUGGAGCAGUUGCUGACCUUCAAGGAAAAGGCUCAGUCACUUACCGCUGAAUUGGCUUGCUCCGUGCAAGGGUCUGAGAAGCUUGCUUCUGAGCUUGGGGAUCUAAGGUCGUUGUCUGAACGUCUGUCUAAGGAACGGGACGCUCUUCACACCGAGAAGGAAACUCUGGACCAGCAAGUUUCAGAGUCUCAAAGGAAACUCUCGAGCUUGGAAGACGUUCAGAAAGAACUCGUAUCUAAAAACUACGAAGUGAACGCAGCCAACGAACAAAUGAGCAAGGAAAUUCAGGAACUACGUUCCGCCAGCCAGGAACUGCGGACGGAAAAGGCGUCGCUCACGCAGGACAGAGAACAGCUUUCCAAAGAGGUGGAGAAGAUAACCCAAGUCAUGGAAGAAAUCAAAGCUGAGAAUGUUAUCCUAAAAGAAAAUCAAGUCGAGCACCUCGGGCAGAUAGAGACUCUUGAACAGGGUAAAGCCGAGCAACAGGACGACGUCCUGAAACAUCAGGAGCAGGUUCAGAAGCUGGAGACUCGGAGUGCAGAGCUUACCCAGCAGCACCUCAAGGCCUGUGAGGACAGGGAUAAGCUUCACGAGGAGCUCAGAAGCUGCCAGGAGGAUCUGCAGUCCAGUAAAUCGCAGUGCGCCAAGAACGAAGAGCUUCAAUCGAAGCUUCAGUCCGAGAAAGAUGUUCUCUCGGUCGAGAACGCCAAGUUGCAAGCUGAAACCGAGCAGCUCCGCAGUGAGAACGAAAAGGCGUGGUCAGACCUUAAAGCUGCCAUUUCAGAUAAAGAGUCCCUUGGUGCAGAAAAGGCAGAACUUCAGAAGCAGCUUCACGCCACGAAGGCGGCAUUGGAACAAGCCGGCAAAGAUAACGCUGAACUCCAGGCCUCCAAGGACAGCUUUGCCAGGAUGCUUGAGGAGAUAAAGACGAGCAGGGAGGUCACAGAUUCCGAGAGGGUUUUACUCAUGGAAGAGAAGGAAGGCUUGCUCGAAACCCAGAGGAAAAUGUGCUCCGAAAAGCAGGAGCUCUCUAAACAGAUUGAAGAGCUCGUCGAGAAGCUGCGUCUCGGCGCCGACGAGGUCAAGGCCACCAAGGAGAAGCUCCAGCUUGAUUCGGCCGAGUUUGCUCGGGAGAAGCAAACGAUUAAUGACAAGGUCUCAGAGACUGAGAAGAUCCUUCAGACCCUUCAAGACGAAAACACAAGCUUGAAGGCUGCCAUCGAGGAGCAGAAUAAUCAACGAAACGAUUUGGAACAUCAGAUGAGUUGCUUGAAGGAAAAUAAUGAGAAGGAAAUUUCCCAAAAUGCUUCUGUUUUAGAAGAGCAAAAGCGCCUGGCAGAUGACUUACUACAGAAAAGGACCGACCUGGAAUCAGAGGUGGAGAAAAUGAAACAGAAACUUGAGCAGAUAGAUUCAGAGAGGAAGAACUUCAUGCAAGAAAGUGUCGACCUGAAGGAGCUUCUGCAGCAGAAGAGCUCGGACGCAGAGUCUCUCGAGAAGGCGAAGGUCAGCCUCGUGGAAGAAAACCAGAAGUUGCAGCUCAGUCUGGAUCAAAUGAAGCAAGAGCAUGUGCAACAUAGUGAAACCUUCACAAAGGAUAAAACCUCUCUGAAGAGCACUGUAGACGAGCUCAAGAAGACGAACGAUGAGCUGCUUCAGCAAGUCAAACAUCUGACAGAUCAGAGCAGAUCUCUGGCUGAAGCCAAGGCCACUUUGGAAGCUAAUCAACAAGCACUAGAAUCAGACAGGAAUGAUUUAUCUGGUGUUAAGGAAACCCUCUCUAAUAAGGUUGAAGACCUUAUGAAAAGGGUUACGGAUUCCGAAUCCGAGAGCGCUCGUCUUUUAGAGGUGCAGUCCAAGCUCGAUGCUGAAAUCGUGUCCGUCAGGAAUGAAAAAGAGAAGGCACAAACAGAUCAGCAAUCACUAGUCACCAAAGUUGAGCAAUUAUGGAUUUCCGUGAAUGAGUUGUCCUCAGAGGGAACCGAUAUUUCUGAUGAGCCGGGUCUGGACCUCUCCCAAAGAUCGGCUUCCAGUUGUCGGAAAGUUGAAGAGCUUACCAAAGUACUCGGAAAGAUUGCUGACGAGAGAACCUUUUUGUCAAAAGAAGUCGAGCUCUUAAAGACCCAGCAGAAGCAAAGCGACGGCGACCGGUCAGAUCUGGAUGCUGCGAAGGCGCUUCUCGCUUCUAAAAUCGAAGACCUUGAGAGGAACUCCACACAGCUUCUUAAAGAAAAGACGGACCUCAUAGCCUCUCGCGCCUCUCUGGAUCAAGAGGUCCUUUCACUCCGUAGUAACCUGGAAAACAGCGACAAGAAAUGCUCAGACUAUCUGUGCAAGGUAGAAGAGCUGACUAAGUCGCAGGCCGAGUUAGGAACGAGGUUACAAAACCUUCAAGACGACAAGACGACGCUGGAAGAGCGACAGCGAGACGUGGAAGCGCAGGUUAACGUUUUAACCAAGGCAAAGGACGAGACGGUCUCCAGUCUGGCUUCGGUGCAAGCUGAGAGGGAUGCUUUACGAGCGGAAAAGGAAAAAGCCGGCUUAAUGGUGACGCAGCUCGAGGCACAAAACGAGAGCGCUCUAGCAAAGCAGCUUGAGGCCGCAGAGAGUGCUGGACACACGGCACAGGCUCUGGAGAAACUGACUCAGGAGAAGCUGGUGUUGCACAAAGAAAAAUCGGAGGCUGGGACUCUCAUCCAGGAGCUGAAGAACGCCAAAGAACAAAUGCAGACCCAGAUGGACAAGCUGUCGGAGCAGAACUCCCAGUAUCAGCAGGAGCUGAAGAAAUCCAAAGAACAGCUGACCUCUGAGACGGAUACCAUCCACGGUCUUCAGAAAGAGAUUGAGGAGCUGAAACGAGCGGCGUCUGAAAACAUCCUGAGCACAGAAGCUGUGAAGAAGGAGAACGUCAAGCUGGUCAAAAAUCUCACCAGCAGCCAGAAGCAGAGCGACGGCCAACAAAAACUCAAGGAGCAGUUGGCGAAACUUAGCAGUCAGUUGAAGGACGUGGAGAAGAGUAAACACGCUUUGAAGAACGAACUGGACAAGGAGAAAUCUGCUCUCCAGCAGUCUGUCCAGAAAUCCAGUGCCUUGAUCUCAGAAAAAAAUACUGAAUUGGAGACGCUGAGGAAGGAGGUGACGGCGCUUCGAGGCGAGAGCGCGACACUAAAGAAGCUGCAGAACGAUAAAGCACAACUACAGGAGCGCGUGAGCACCCUGGAGAAGAGCUUAUCCGGAGGGACGAAGUCCGGCCCCGCAGACGCCCCCUCAGGAGCUCUGGAACAGAUGAGGGAGGCGAAGGAAACGGCCAAGUGUCAGGUGGAAUUCCUGAACUCGGUCAUCGUGGAUCUUCAGCGCAAAAUCGAGGAGCUGAAAUCCAAGCUGGAGAAAAUGGCCGAGGCGGCACUUAACGGAAACACGGCCAGCGAGAUGGACAAUCACGAAAGCCUGAGCGAAUCUAAAGCCAAAAAGAAAGCGCCGCCGCGCCUCUUCUGCGACAUCUGCGACUGUUUCGACCUGCACGACACGGAGGACUGUCCCACGCAGGAGCAGCUGCCCGACUCUCCUCCUCACACCACCUACCACGGCAGCUCCGCCGACGAGAGGCCUUACUGCGACACCUGCGAGGUGUUCGGCCACUGGACCGAGUCCUGCAACGACGACCAGACCUUCUAACCGCCCCCAACUCGCAAUACCGCACGCGCCUUCGACAACACAUUGCACAAGUGUGUGAACGCUCGUCUGCUGUGUGUGUGUGUGUGUGUGUGUGUUUGACAUGCCUCUACAUGGUCCUCACUUUACAUGUUUAUGUAUGUAUGUAUGUAUGUAUGUAUGUAUGUCUGUGUGUGUGUCUGGGGUUCCAUCGCUUUAAGUUAUAUUCAUGAAUGAGAACAUAUUUCAGAAGGGCGUCUUUUUAUCGAGACGGUUAAAAGAUAAAAAAGAUCAUCAGAUCAUCGUGUCUUGUUUUAUAGUAUUGAAUCUGUAAUAUUAGUCACGGAGGGGUUUUGCUUUUCGGACCUGCAGAAGGGCGUACAGUUAUGAAUGUGUGAAGGGAAACGGGCGCUACAACGCUGAUGCACUUUACUCAGAUAUCCAGCUGAAAAACAAGGUGGUUUCAUAAUCAGAAUGUACUUCUAGGUGAUUUUGAUGCUGUUCACUUUUUAGCGAUUUUUGAAAAUAUUCUACAUCUGUACAAAAAAAGAAGAAAUAAAUAUUGUUUCAUUCA